GAGAGGUGAAUACAGACAGCAGGCUGUAUACUUGAAGCGAGGGGGACUUUCUCAAGAUUUGUCAACAAUGUCCUCCAAGUCAUCAGGUUCCACGAGCAACUUGAACCCAUUAGACUUGGCUGAAGGCAAAAGUGAUCUACUUGCUACGAGUAUUGAAGAUUCUGAAGAUGAAGAUAGGGAUGGAGAUUCUGAUGCGGCUGAGGGAUUGUCUGGUUUUCGGAAUAUUUUGCGAGACAUGAUCCCUGGUGUGAAGGUCAAGGUUUUGAAAGUGACAGCACCUGGCAAGGUAGACCGGGAUUUAAUAUCAAAGGUGAUUGAGCAGAUAAUGGAGGAGGAAGAAGAUGAACAGGAUAUUGAGUUAGAAAGUGUAGAAACAGAAGAGGAAGUUAAAGUUGAAAGUGAUCAAGAGCAGGAUGAGAUUGAAAUGGAGGCUGGCCAUGGAAUUAUUGAUCGUGAAGAGCAAAAUGAAAUUGCAGUUAAAGUUUUUGUAGGUGGUCUUGUACAAAAACUUUCUGCUGGUGUGCCUAGUAAAAAGUUACUUCGAGUACCAGCUAGACUAGAGAAAAAAGGACGUAUGUCAUUUUCUUUUUCUAUAGAGAGGGAUGAUAACAGAAAAGAUAAUGGUGGCAAGGGACAGGCUUCUCUGGAUAAAAAAGCUAAGCUUCGAGGUCAACGUAGCAUUGAUCAUGUUAUGUUUGAUCUUGCUAAGUUCAUUGGUAGGGAGAAGAUACCCAUGAAGGUUCUUAAAGAUGUUGGUGAAUUAAUAAAUCUCACCCUCAGCCAGGCCCAUAAUCGUCAACCUCUGUCUGGAUCAACAACUUUUAAUCGCAUUGAGAUUCCAGCAUCUCCAGAUCCUCUAAAUGGGUUAUAUAUUGGUUCACAUGGUCUUUACACAUCGGAGAUCAUUCAUUUGAGAAGAAAGUUUGGUCAGUGGAAAGAGGAUGCUGGGGCUAAGGAACCUUCUAAUCUGGAGUUCUAUGAAUAUGUAGAGGCUUUGAAAUUAACGGGGGAUCCUUAUGUUCCAGCUGGCCAGGUUGCAUUCCGUGCAAAGGUUGGGAAAAGAUAUCAGCUUCCUCAUAAAGGGAUCAUUCCUGAAGAAUUUGGAGUGAUUGCUCGAUAUAGAGGACAAGGGAGGCUUGCUGAGCCUGGUUUCCGUAAUCCUCGUUGGGUUGAUGGCGAACUUGUUAUUCUUGAUGGAAAGUACAUUAAAGGCGGCCCUAUUGUCGGCUUUGUGUAUUGGGCCCCUGGGUAUCAUUUCCUGGUGUUCUUCAAUCGGCUGAUGCUUCAUGAGUAGAUUCUCACUGUACAUAAAGCUUGAGUUUAUUUAUUCUCUAUCCAGAUUUUGUAGGUUUUAGAUGAUGUUGACUACCAUAAAGCCCAUUUUCAGCAGCCUAGAAAGCCAGGAGAUCAUAUCGGGGAAUGUCCCGUGCCUACGUAGCUCCUUGGAUAUGAUAUAACAAAAUGUUGGUCUUUCUACUGCUCAUCUUUAGGGCAAUCCUUUCCAUCAAUGUACGUAUCAACUUUUUACGGUAGUAGGAAUAAGUUCUUGUCUAAAUUACCCAGUAAAUUUAAAUUCAUACCCCGAAGCAUCUCAUAUACAUAUUACAUCUCUUUGCUUGGUAUUCCCUAAUUCUAUUGCAAGAUACUUAAACUA